ACGUCAAAAGUCAAGUCAACCUAAAAGUGAGCGUGAGAGAGCAUGUGGGUCUAGAUAAAUUGUUCAAUUAACUCUAAGAACAUAAUUUUCUAUUAACUGAGAUUAUUGAUCUCAAAUUAAUAAUUUGAAAUGGUUGGUCAGCGAAAGAAAAAGUACCAGUCCGGAGAAGGGACACAAUACUACUCCAGAGCUCAAGCCUUAAAAAAACUUCAGCUGACACUAAAAGAUUUUCGCAGACUGUGUAUCCUAAAAGGAAUUUACCCUAGAGAACCUCGUAUUCGGAAACGAGCACAACAAGGCCGAGCAGGAAUCCAGACUCUUUAUCACAAGAAAGAUAUCCAGUUUCUAAUGCAUGAACCUAUAAUAUGGAAGCUACGAGAUAUGAAGGUUCACUUUAAAAAAAUUGGAAGGGCCAAAACACUCAGACAGUUUGGAAAAAUGAAACACCUUGUGAACAAGCAUCCAGUUAUUACGUUGGAUCAUAUCGUCAAGGAGAGGUACCCUACGUUCAUUGAUGCCCUGAGAGAUCUAGACGACUGCCUCACCCUAUGUUUCUUGUUUGCAAUGUUUCCUUCUCUUGCGGGAGUGGCUCGAGACCAGUCACAGCUGUGUCGUAGACUUACAGUGGAGUUUAUGCACGCCUGUAUAGCUGCUAAAGCUCUUCGUAAGGUUUUUGUGUCUAUCAAAGGCUAUUACUUCCAAGUGGAGCUUAAGGGUCAAACCAUCACUUGGAUAAUGCCACACCAGUUCUCUUUCCAGCCACAAAGCAGACAAGAGGUGGAUUUCAAGAUCAUGUCUACCUUCACACAGUUUUAUACCAUCAUGCUGGGCUUUGUCAACUUCCGUCUGUACCAUAGUCUCAACCUGUUCUAUCCCCCCACCUUUGCUUCAUUCUCUGCAUCUGAAGCAAAAGAAAAUGAUCUGGUAGAUGCAGAAGCUUAUCUGUCAGAAAGAGUGGCAGCCCUAAGUCAGCCUCUGGCUCGGACAGGGGCUUUGGACAGCAACCCUGACGAAGAAGUGGAACUAGACUCCUUCCCCACGACCGAUGACCCUGAAAAGAUAGAAGAGGCCAAGGCAGAAGCUGAUAAGCUACGCAAACUCAAGUCACUGUUUGAUGGCCUCAAAGUAUUCCUCAACCGCGAGGUACCUCGUGAACCUCUCACGUUUGCUCUGCGUUGCUGCGGAGCUGAGGUUUCCUGGGAUAAAACCCUCUUUGUUGGAGCAACGUUCCCCGAGACAGAUGAAACAAUCACCCAUCAAAUUGUUGACAGACCUUCUUUGGAGACCCAGUAUAUCUCCAGGUAUUAUGUUCAGCCACAGUGGGUAUUUGACUCUAUCAAUGCCCGAGAACAGCUCCCAGUAGAGAAGUACCUGAUGGGUUGUGUCCUGCCUCCACAUCUGUCACCCUUCUCUGACCCCACCAGGAAGGAGGAAUACAACCCCCUGGAGAUGCCUGACCAGUCACUAAUGGCUGGUGUUGAAGAUGGAGAAGAAUCAGAAAAUGAAGAAGAGAAGGAAGAAAAAACUAUGCUAGCAGACACAACAGUGGAUAGCAGCUCUGAUGCAGAAGAGGAUGUGGAGGAAGAAUCAGAAAAAGAAGAAGAUAAUGAGAAGGAUAUGAUUCGAAAAGCCAAGCGAGCUGGCAUGAUGGUGAGCACAGGCAAACCAGAGAAGGUGGAUCCUGCAGAGUUGAGGAAAGAGGAAUACCAGGAGUACAAGCUGAGAGAGAAGAUGAUCCAUAAGAAACACCGCAAGUUGUACCAAAGCAUGAUGAAGGGAAGGAGAGAUAGGACAAGGGAUAAGAAGAUACUAAUGAAGAAGAGAAGAACAAUAGAGGAAAAGAAAACUCACAAGGAGCAGAAACAAAUGGUUAGGACAUAACUUGUUAUGCUAGUAAAUAAACUAGAUUUUUCUUAUA